UUAGAAACAAUUUAGUUAACAACAAUCUCUGGCUCAGUCAGAAUCCCUUAAACUUGUGGUUAAAAUCAACUCUCAACACAACUUUUAUUUAAUCUGUUUUCAUCAAAUUGAAUUUACGACAGUAAUCAUUGAUUAACUAAAUUAGUCAAUUUAAUCAAUAAAAAUGCCUCCAUUCUCAUCGAAUCCCAGUCUUUUAAGUAAAUCCAGUGAUCACCAUGAGACGCUAAUUCAUUAUCCAUUGUCUCAUCCCAAUCAAGUGCCAAUUGUUGAAGAUGUUGAAGAAGAGGAAGAAAUGAAAGACGAUUUAGUUCCUGAAGAUGAAGUCCACAAACCAAUGGAUUCAGUGAAACCCAAAACAGAUCAAUCUUUUAUUUACAUCGACAAUUCAAAUUGGUCAAUAGUUUGGACUAAUGUUAUCUUCUUUAUAAUACUUCACGCUGUCCACAUUUAUGGGAUUUAUUACUUAAUCAAGAUUAAACCAUAUCCAAGUUGGAUAUUUUCAUGGUUUUGGGGCACUUGGGGAGGCUUUGGUAUAACUGCUGGAGCACAUCGUCUUUGGUCACAUCGAUCUUAUAAAGCUCGACUUCCAUUGAGGAUCUUUCUCAUGAUUGGUCAAACCAUUGCUGGUCAGAAUAACCUCUAUGUUUGGUCCAGAGAUCAUCGAGUUCACCAUAAAUUUUCUGAAACCGAUGCCGAUCCUCACAAUUCCCAUCGAGGUUUCUUCUUCGCUCACAUGGGCUGGUUAUUAUUCAAGAAGCAUCCAGAUGUGCUUAAAAAAGGCAAAACACUGGACUGUUCAGAUCUAAUGAAAGAUCCUGUUGUUAGGUUUCAAGUCAGAUAUUACUAUUGGUUGUUACUUGUCUGGGGAAUGCUGAUUCCAUGGUUGGUUCCUGUUUUCCUUUGGAAUGAAACCCUUUCUGGUUCAUUUUUGAUCAACGUCAUCUCUCGCUAUGUAACAAGUCUUCACUGUACUUGGUUCGUCAAUAGUACAGCCCAUAUGUUUGGUAACCGACCUUACAACCACAAGAUUGGUCCAUGUGAAAAUUUGUUUGUCUCUUAUGGUGCUCAUGGUGAAGGUUAUCACAAUUAUCAUCACACCUUUCCAUAUGAUUAUGCGACAAGUGAACUUGGCUUUUCACUCAACAUUACCAAAGUGUUUAUCGAUACUGCAGCCUAUUUUGGGUUGGCUUACGAUUUAAAAAGGGUUUCAAGAUCAAUCAUUGAAAAGAGGAAAGCUGCCGUUGAAAAAGCUCUCCAAGUUGAAUCUUGAAUGACAAAUUAAAUUAACAUGGACCCAGACUCAUGACAAACUGUUGCCAAAGUGAACUUAUUUGUAAAUCAAAUUUUAUCCUUAUUAUUAUAUAAUGAUGUAAAAUAGAUCAAUUUUUUCUACCAUUUCUUUGUAUAUCUCAAUUUUUUCACUGUUAUUUACAUUCAACUCUUUUCUGUUAAUAAAGCUUAAUGAGAAAAACGUUUAAAA